CUUGUGUUAAAUAUAAGAUUUUAUUCUAAUUUGAUAAUAAAUUAAUUUUGGAUGAAUUUGAUACUUAAUAAUAAAUUCAGGAAUCAAAUUGUAAUCUUAAAUCACUAAUUUAGUCUUUCAAUUAAUACAAAAAAUGGUAAUAGUUAGUUUUAUUAAAAUUCAAAAAAAAAAUUAAUAUAAUAAAAAAAUACAGAAACUGACACAUGUAUUAGCCGAAACUUUAAUGAUAAAUAGUAUUUAAUUUUUUUUAAAAAUCGAGUUAAGAAUAUUGGUAUAUAAAUUUAAAAUUUAAAAUGUUAGUGCUAAUUAGCCGGUUAUCAAUCAGCCGAUAAAUUUUUAUUUUAAUGAUAUUAAAUCUUAAAUUCUUUUCAUAAAAUUGCUAAUGUCAACUCUUUGUUUAUACCUAAUAUAUAUGUUCUGAUCGAAUCACUUCAAUCUUUCUUCCAAGCUUCUUCAGUAAAAUCUCCCAACUUUUCUUAUUUUCUUCUCUCUUCUAAUUAAUCUCUAACUCCUUAAAAGUACCCAUCAUCAAGAUGCCAAAAUUCUCACCGCACCUCAUAAUGUCCUUGCUCGCACACAUCAAACUGGCAAUUCUUGGAGCACUGUCUUAUAUCCAUCAUCACUCUGCAAGGUUGUACAAAGGUUACUGCAGAGCCAAUCACGCCAACCAUGUUCAAGACUCUGUUGAUCAAGAAGCAGAAGAGAGCCGGCCAUCCCCUUCACUGGUUCCAGUACCAUACAUGAGCCACGUCAUGUCCAAAUUGAUAAAGCAUAAGCUGCCAGUCAUAGCAUUCAGCGAGACUGAUCCAAGAACAGCAGUACAUGAGACAUGUGCAAUAUGCUUGAGUUGCAUUGACAAAAGGCAAGAAAUAAGAUUGCCAGGAAAUUGCAGUCAUCUGUUUCAUAGAGAAUGCAUGGAUGAAUGGGUUGAUCAUGGCCAUGGUACUUGCCCUUUGUGUAGACUUAAGUUAUUGCCUGCUCAGAAUGGGAAAGAUCCGUGGAGAGAGGAGAGGAUUGCCUAUCUGUUUGGUGAGGAUUGGGAGCUUGAUGGUUUCUAGCUGUACUUGGCCUUCUUUAUUUUUAGAGGAUGAGAUUAUGUUAAAGAGUAGAUUCUGUACAAGUUUAGCUAUUCAGCAAUGUAAUCAAGCUGAAAUUUUAGCUAUAUUAAUUAUAAUGAUCAAGAAUCAUUCAUUACAAA